AAGAAAGAAAAAAAAUGAACCAACAUCCCAUCAUAGUCGAUGACAACAUCCGGUCCCGGGAGAACAGCCUGACCCCACAGUCCCUCCGCGGGAUGUCGCCCUCGCCCAACAGAAUAGCCUCCCCUGGCUCGGACACCGGAAGGAGCAUGAGCCCGCUGCCGCCCAACGAGAGCCCCUCAAACAACAUGGACCACGUCAAGCGACCAAUGAACGCCUUCAUGGUCUGGUCACGUGGACAGCGGAGGAAAAUGGCGCAGGAGAACCCCAAGAUGCACAACUCAGAAAUCAGCAAGCGGCUUGGGGCCGAAUGGAAACUGUUAUCGGAGGAAGAGAAGCGGCCUUUUAUAGACGAGGCGAAAAGACUCCGUGCACUGCACAUGAAAGAACACCCUGACUACAAAUACCGACCCAGACGGAAACCAAAAUCUCUCAUGAAGAAAGACAAGUACGCCUUCCCCCUCCAUCCCAUGCUGCCAGGGAUGAACGGCUCGGCUCUGGGCUCCAUGGCUCAUUCCUUCGCCUCCAUCGCAGCCUCCCACCACCCCUCCGAACUGCUCGCCGCCUCCAGCUCCUCCUUCGACAAAGCCCGUCACAACUUCUUCCCUCCCACCUCCACGUACGGACUCUACCCUCACUUUGACGCCGCAGCGGCCGCCGCCGCCGUCGCCAACUCGAAACUCGAUCCCGCGACCUCCCUGUCUUCACUCUCAGCGCUCAGACACUCCGAGAGCUUAGUCUCGAACCCGCUGUACUCGCCCUACUUCACAGGACACGGCCAUCCAUCUCUAUCGGCACUUCCGCCGGCGGCGCACGCCCACGCGGCGGCGGCUGCGGCAAGCUUGGGUCAGUAUUUGGUGCCAUACAUGUCGUCUCCUUACAUCACGUCAUCCCAGGACGUCCACAGGCCGCUGGCGUACGUCUUGGUCAAACCGGAAGACCAUUUCCGGCAUCCGGCCGUUUUAUGACCACCAAUCAACUACGGUGAUC